UGAACAGUGGUUUGGAAUAGUACGCAGUUGAGUCCGAGUCGGUCCGCGAGCUACACAAGAUCACAAAAUGGCCCACGAUCUGAAGGAUGUUGAAAUUGAGAAGGCACAGUUCGUCUUCUCCGUCUACGAUUGGGAAGGUUCCGGCCAGAUGGAUGCCAUGGACCUUGGCAAUGCUCUCCGCGCCCUGAACCUGAACCCAACGCUUGACCUGAUCGGCAAGAUGGGUGGCACCCAGAAGCGCGGUGAGAAGAAGGUGAAGUUCGAGGAAUUCCUGCCAAUCUUCUCGCAGGUCAAGAAGGAGAAGGAACAGGGCUGCUACGAGGACUUCCUGGAGUGUCUGAAGCUGUACGACAAAAAUGAGGACGGCACCAUGCUACUGGCAGAACUGCAGCACAGCUUAACGGCUCUCGGUGAGAAACUGGACGAUAUGGAGUUGGACAACGUCUUCAAGGACUGCAUGGACCCUGAGGAUGAUGACGGCAACAUCCCAUACGGACCAUUUCUUCAGAGAUUGUGUGACCACGCGCCGUAAUCGAGCUAUUUAUAUAAUACAAAAUAUCAAAAGAGAGAACAACAUCUUCACUAUCGGAAACAAGACAGACAGCAACGAUGGAAACAACCUGGCGAAUUUGACAACAUCAGCAACACAUCUGCGAACAUCAGCAAAACACUGAGUUUUUCCAGUUGAAGUCAACAGCAGCAGCAAAGUGAAACCAUAAACAAGCAAACAAACAAAAAAAAA